AUGGGCACCACGUCGGCCCCAUGGGUGGCGCUUUGCGCUUCGAGCGCCACACUGCUUGUUUGUCUGCUUGCCGCAGCCUCGCUGUACUCCUCGGUGACGGAUAUUUGGAGCGAGCUGGAUGCCGAGAUUCUGAACUUUAGGACGAUCACCGACGAUAUGUGGCACGAUAUGGUGAUCCUGGGAGCGGGUACCCCGUCUACCCGCCAUACUCGUCAAGCUUACGGAGGCUAUGGAGCCGCCGGAAACCAAUCUCCUCCUCCCACUCAGGUCUUCCCCGCCUCGAACCCGUCGUUUAACCAACGAUGCCAAUGCACCACCGAGAACUCUUGCCCUCCCGGCCCGCUAGGACCCGUUGGAGACCAGGGACCCGAUGCCCCAGAUGGAUUGCCAGGAAUUGAUGGAAAGGAUGGCCAAGACGCCCAGGACCGCGAGCAGCGCGAAUCCACCGGAUGCUUCAACUGCCCCCAGGGCCCACCCGGCCCACCCGGUUCAACCGGUCACCCCGGGAAGGAUGGGGCCCAUGGGGAUGCCGGAACGCCUGGUGAUGAUGCGGAGAGCCCGGUGCCGCAGAAGGGACCCCGUGGACCUCCUGGAGAUGGCGGAGAUAUUGGACAACCUGGCCUCCCCGGUCGUGAUGCUCAGCAAGGGUCCCCUGGUCCGAAGGGAGAACCCGGACAACCCGGAUGGACCGGAGCUGCUGGAGCGGAUGGAGAUGAGGGAUACCCUGGAUCAACCGGAAACCCAGGAAAAGAUGCUCAGUACUGUAAAUGCCCGGCUCGUCGCGAGGGCGGAGAGUACGCCGGAUUCCACCGUCGCUUCCGGAAGUACCAC